GCCAGAGGAGGACAAAGCGAGGCCGGAGGCGGGCGCCAUGGAGCUGGGGUCCCGAGCCCUGCUCUGCAAACUCCUGCUUCUGCAGACUGCGGGCACUCAGCCACAUCCCUGGAGCAGGAACUUGGCUGGUGGGGUGGCCGAUGGUGGGGUCACUCCCCACGUCCAGGCUUCUCUGCCCUUCAGGGGGGCUCUGGCCCUGAGCACAGGAGGCUCUUCUGUCCUUCUGGCAGGGGCGUCGGGCCUCGCCACGGCCGGCAGCUCCGUGGUGUCUGAGUCGGUCGAAAGCUGGGCGUCCGGCGCCCGGGCCGUGCUGCGCUGCCAGAGCCAGCGCAUGGUGUGGACCCAAGACCGGCUGCACGACCGCCAGCGCGUGGUCCACUGGGACCUCGGCGGCGGCCCGGCCGGCGGCCCGGCGCGCCGACUCGUGGACAUGUACUCCGCGGGCGAACAGCGCGUGUACGAGCCGCGCGACCGAGGCCGCCUCCUGCUGCCGCCCUCCGCCUUCCAGGACGGCAACUUCUCGCUGCUCAUCCGCGCGGUGGAGCAGCCGGACGAGGGGCUGUACACCUGUAACCUGCACCACCACUACUGCCACCUCUACGAGAGCCUGGCCAUCCGCCUGGAGGUCACCGACGACCGCCUGGCCGCCGGCGCGCACUGGGACGGCGAGAAGGAGGUGCUGGUGGCGGAGCGCGGGGCGCCUGCGCUGCUGACGUGCGUGAACCGCGCGCCCGUGUGGACCGAUCGGCACGUGGAGGAGGCGCAGCAGGUGGUGCACUGGGACCGGCAGCCGCCCGGGGUGCCGCACGACCGCGCCGACCGCCUGCUAGACCUGUACGCGUCCGGCGAGCGCCGGGCCUACGGGCCGCCCUUCCUGCGCGACCGCAUGGCGGUGGGGGCGGACGCCUUCGCGCGCGGCGACUUCUCGCUGCGCAUCGACCCGCUGGAGCCGGCGGACGAGGGCACCUACUCCUGCCACCUGCACCACCACUACUGCGGCCUGCACGAGCGCCGCAUCUUCCACCUGCGGGUCACCGAGCCCGCCGCCCAGCCGCCCCCGCGGGACUCGCCGGGCAACGGCUCCAGCCACAGCGGAGUCCCUGGACCAGACCCCACGCUGGCGCGCGGCCGCAGCAUCAUCAACGUCAUCGUUCCGGAGGGCCGGGCGCACUUCUUCCAGCAGCUGGGCUACGUGUUGGCCACGCUGCUGCUCUUCAUCCUGCUGCUCAUCACGGUGGUUCUGGCCACGCGGCAGCGCCGCCGCGGAGGCUAUGAAUAUUCAGACAAGAAGUCUGGGAAAGCAGAGGGGAAGGACAUGAACAUGGCAGAGUUUGCUGUGGCCACAGGGGACCAGGCUCUUUGCAGGAACGAGGACAUCCAACUAGAUUACAAGAACAACAUCCUGAAGGAGAGGGCUGGGCUGGCCCACAACCCCCUGCCUGCCAAGAACAUUGACUUGGACAAAGAGUUCAGGAAGGAGCAUUGCAGAUGAGGCGGCCCUGGGCUCCUGGCUGGACCAGCAGCUCUGCCCACUCCCAUCCAGCCUAGAGGGUGCUCUCCUGACACCUGUGCAGCCCACCUCGUCCCCGUUAACCGCGGCUGGAACCGCUGUCCUGGAAGUUGGCCUGGACUGGUGCAGAGCAAGGCUGCCUGCAGACCCCUCUCCCUGGAGCCCCCCUAAUCCUCACAAGCAACAGUGGGCUGGCUCCUCAUGCCUCUGCCUCCAUUGCUGCCCCCUUCAGCAGCUGCCUGCUGGCACCUACACUCAUCAGGGGACCUCCCUGGGGCACAGCCAAGCCCCUACUGAUGUUCACCCUGCCCUCAGGCCCUGCUGGCCCCUGCAGGGGUGGGAGGCACUCUUAGAGGGGCUCAG